AUGGCUACCGGACGGCGCCGCCAGGCUCCAUGCUUUCUCGGAAUACUCCUCGUCGCUUUUGUCGUUAUGACAUCUGGGGCUGAGCUAUCAUUCAGCCUGGAGCCCAGUGACAUCAUCGCUGUUCAGGAACAACCUCUGAUGCUGCACUGUCAGGUGGAGGGGAUUCCACCAAUCACCACGCAGUGGCGGCGCAAUGGACAGCUGAUUUAUGAAGACCAAAACUACACCAUUUUCGCAAAUGGCUCACUUUUGAUUGGCCACUUCCAGAAGACCAAGUCUGAUGGCUCAUCUGAUGAGGGAGACUAUGAGUGCAUGGCCCAGAACUUCUUCGGCCUAGUCUUGAGCCGCAAAGCCAGAGUACAGGCUGCUACAAUGGCAGAUUUUCAUGUGCAACCACGUUCCGUGCGUGCAGAGUUGGGAGGCGUUGGCCGAUUUCAAUGCCAAAUUCAUGGCCUGCCCGAGCCAGUCAUCAGCUGGGAAAAAGAUGGGCGACCCGUGGAUACCUCAGAUGACAGGUAUACCCUUUUGCCCACGGGUGUAUUGCAGAUAACGGGUGUACGCCCUGAGGACAGUGGGGCGUACUGCUGUGUUGCUCACAACAGUGCUGGAGUCAAACACAGUGUAGGAGCGCAGCUCACAGUCUCAGGCUCCCAGACAUCUGUUUACAAAGAACCUGUGAUCCUAGUGGGCCCUGAAAACCUCACCCUCACUGUUCACCAGACCGCAAUCUUGGAGUGUGUUGCCACGGGCUACCCUCGGCCAAUUGUUUCAUGGAGUAGACUGGAUGGUCGUCCAAUCGGAGUUGAGGGUAUCCAGGUACUAGGAACAGGAAACCUGAUGAUCUCUGAUGUCAGAGUUCAGCACUCUGGCAUUUACGUCUGUGCGGCCAACAAACCAGGAACCCGUGUGCGCCGAACUGCUCAGGGACGCCUCGUUGUUCAAGCCCCAGCAGAGUUUGUGCAGCCCCCUCAAUCCAUUGCCCGCCCAGUGGGCACCACUGCCAUCUUCAGCUGUCUGGCUCAGGGUGAGCCUGUCCCCCAGAUCACCUGGCUGAAAAAUGGACAGAUCCUAGAACCCGACAGUCAUGUCAAACUCAGGAACAACAACAGUACUCUGACCAUCUCCGGUAUAACCCAGGAAGAUGAGGCCAUAUAUCAGUGUAUUGCAGAGAACAGUGCAGGCUCCACACAGGCUAGUGCUCGCCUAACUGUGCUGUGGGCAGACGGGUUGCCUGGUGUGCCCACAGGUGUACGUGCAGACGCCCUUUCCCCAACCUCCAUUCAGGUGUCAUGGAACGAGCCCAACCAAAACGCUCAGGACAUCAUUGGAUAUGUGCUACAUAUCCGCAAGACUGCUGACCCAGUGGAGAUGGAGUACCAGGAGGCUGUGAGUAAAAUGACCCUGCAGCAGGUAAUCGGAGAUUUGGAAACUUCCACUAGCUACAGCUUCUACGUGAAGGCUUACACGUCCCGUGGUGCCAGCAAAGCCUCCGAGACAACUGUGGAGAGCACUCUGGGAGAAGUUCCUGCACCACCAGCCUUGUUCACUAAGGUGAUUAAUUCUACGGUGGUUCAGUCCUCGUGGGAGCCAUCCACUAAGAUGGGACAACAGGAAGGAUUUAAUCUCUACUACCGUAAAGUCUCAGUCCCCAUUUUUACCGGACCUCUUACCUUCCCACAUAAUGUGACCCAGUACAACAUCACUCAGCUGGACCCAUCUUUUGUUUAUGAAAUUAAGAUUCUCGCUUUCAACCAGCAUGGAGAGGGCAAUGCCACACUACGUUUUGUGUCGCUGAAGGAGACAGUGGAGAAAUCAGUGCUAAAUACUCCUUGUGACUGUAUAAAAGAUGAACAGAAUAAGAGUUCCACCACAGGCAUCAUCAUCGGCAUCCACAUUGGAGUGACCUGUAUCAUUUUCUGUGUUCUUUUUCUCAUGUUCAGUUACAGAGGCAGGUUGAUGAUGUGUAAGACUGUGCAGGCCACCCGACAGGCAGGCCGUAACCACACAGCAGGAGCUGUGCUCGAGUCCUCCUCCUCACCUGGAGCUCUGGCUCUGAACGGCCCCCACAGGUUCAGCACUGAAGGGAACAGAGGACCCCAUGGUGCAAAGAACUGCACCGACUCCAACGAAAUGGAGAGGCUCUUCUCAGGACCAUCCCUCUUCUCCUAUCCACCUGAUACCACCCACACGGUUGAGUGCUCUCUGGUCUCCUGUCCAUUCAAUGAAACUCAGAUGUCCACACUUCCCCUGGAUGACUUCAGCAUAGUGGAGGAGUGUGGGGUGCAGUUCAAGCAGCAUCUAGAAGAGGGCCAACAGGAUGAAGGCUGA